AUGUAUUCCAAAUGUUCCCUGGCUGUGGAUGAAGAUGAGGAAAAGGGCACAAAGAAAAUCAUAGAUAGACGUGUAUUGUACAGGGUUAUUGUCUUAAGUGACAUCCAGUUCGCCAGGGUGGGGAAGGUCUCCAAGUUAGCUGAUGUCAUGGUCAGACAUGGCGUGAAGAGAGGAGAUCGUGUGGUCAUCUACAUGCCCAUGAUUCCACAGACAGUGUACUGUAUGCUGGCUUGUGCAAGAAUAGGAGCCAUCCAUAGUCUGAUUUUUGGUGGAUUUGCAUCUAAAGAGCUUUCUGUUCGCAUUGAUCAUGCAAAGCCCAAACUUAUUGCAACAGCAAGUUUUGGAGUAGAACCGAAAAGGAAAGUGGAAUACAUGUCCCUCCUAGAAGGAGCACUGGCAAGGGUACAGAGAAAACCUGAUAAAGUUCUCAUUUACAAGCGACCUAACUUGGGCCAUGUUCCUCUUGUCCCAGGUCGUGAUCUUGACUGGGAAGAAGAGCUUGCAAAAGCACAGUGUUAUGAAUGUGUCUCUGUUCCCUCAGACCAUCCACUUUAUAUUCUGUAUACGUCUGGAACAACAGGCUUGCCCAAGGGUGUUGUCAGACCAACAGGUGGCUAUGCAGUUAUGCUGAACUGGACAAUGUCAGCUGUAUAUGGACUCAAACCUGGUGAGGUGUGGUGGGCAGCUUCUGAUUUAGGCUGGGUUGUUGGUCAUUCCUACAUUUGCUAUGGGCCUCUUCUUCAUGGGAAUACUACAGUUUUGUAUGAGGGGAAGCCUGUGGGAACGCCAGAUGCUGGUGCCUAUUUCCGUGUGCUAGCAGAGCAUGAAGUGGCUGCCUUCUUUACUUCACCUACUGCAAUUAGAGCAAUCCGUCAGCAGGACCCCGAGGCAGCCUUGGGAAAGCAGUACUCUCUGAAAAG